GAAGCUCAAAGCAAGAGAGGUAUCUUGUCUCUGAAGUACCCCAUCGAGCACGGCAUUGUCACCAACUGGGAUGACAUGGAAAAGAUCUGGCAUCACACCUUCUACAAUGAGCUCAGAGUUGCCCCAGAGGAGCACCCAGUCCUCCUCACUGAGGCUCCCCUCAACCCCAAGGCUAACCGUGAAAAGAUGACCCAGAUCAUGUUUGAAACCUUCAACACCCCAGCCAUGUACGUAGCCAUCCAGGCUGUCCUCUCCCUCUAUGCAUCUGGUAGGACCACCGGUAUUGUGUUGGACUCCGGAGAUGGUGUCUCUCACACUGUACCCAUCUAUGAAGGUUAUGCUCUGCCCCAUGCCAUCCUCCGUCUGGACUUGGCUGGACGUGACCUCACUGAUUACCUCAUGAAGAUCCUCACCGAGAGAGGCUAUUCCUUCACCACCACCGCUGAACGAGAAAUUGUUCGUGACAUCAAGGAGAAGUUGUGCUACGUCGCUCUGGACUUCGAGCAGGAAAUGGCCACCGCCGCUCA